ACACCAGCUCCCUCUCCUCCAUCUAAUGUGAGAGUGUCUCAGAAUGGACUGAACAGUCUACUGGUGACCUGGACACCAUCAGCAGGACCCAAUGUUACUGGCUACACUAUCUACUACCAGCAAAUAGAUGGAAGACAAAAUGGCUCAGUGAAAGCCGUAGAGACAGAUACUAGCAUCGUCAUCACUGGACUAACACUAGGAGCAAACUUUUCUAUAAGUGUGGUGACUAAUUCCAGUACACUACCAAGUAUUGUCACCUAUGGGCCAAAUGUCACCAUACAACAAAAAGUUGCCUAUACUGUGGAAGAUUUUGAGGUAAUUUCAGUAUCAGAGACCUCUCUCACAUUCUCCUGGAGUCAGCCCAGCGCUGGGGCCCACCUCACCACUGGCUACAACCUGACAUGUGUCCCUCUCCUGACUGGGAUCCCAUUCCCCUCAGUCCCUUCCCCUGUUGGCACCAACCCUCACCUCAGCCACACUGUCUGGACUCUCCUCUGGAGUUCCAUACAACUGCAGCAUCUCCACCAUAUCUGACAGAGGGUCCUCUCUCCCUGCCAACCUCUACAUCACUACUAAUGAGUCUGCUCCAUCAGGAUCUCCAGAGAUGUUACACGCAGUGCCUGGAGAGAGAGAAGUGGAGUUCUCCUGGUCUCCUCCUCCUGUCACCCAGCGUAAUGGAGUCAUCACCAGCUACACCCUCUCCUGCUCCCCCUCCCCCUCCUCCCUCCCUCACUCCCCCUCCUCCCAGUCUGGACCUCACACAGUGGCCGGCUUCUCUCCCAACACUCACUACUCCUGUUCUCUGGUGGCCAGUAA